GGGACUCGCGGGAAUCUCACCACCCGGGUCGCUGCCGGAGCUCGCCCGUCGCCCCUGCGCUGCGCGGACCGCGGCCACAGCCGGACAGGCGGGCACGGCGGCGACAGACGGAUUGGCGGACAGUCCCAGCCCGCGGAGUAGCCCCGACCUCGAGGCGCUGGCGUCCGCGUCCGCUCGUCUGGGAGCCUGGGCAGGUGCCGCGCAGGAGGCGCUCCGGAGACCGCGCUGAGGCCGCGGACGCCGCCCGCCCGGUCCCGCUGCCCGCUGAGCCCAGCACCCCGCUCGACGUCGGGGCGUCCCCGGGCCCAGGGGCGGCCGCGGAGCCGAUGCGCGCCCGCUGAGCACCCCCGGCCCACCAUGGCCGCACGCCCCGGCCCGCUCUGGCUCCUGGGCCUGGCGCUGUGCGCGCUGGGCGGGGGCGGCCCCGGCCCGCGACCCCCGCCCGGCUGUCAUCAGCGGCGUCUGGGCGCCCGCGAGCGCCGGGACGUUCAGCGCGAGAUCCUGGCUGUGCUCGGGCUGCCCGGGAGGCCCCGGCCCCGCGCGCCACCCGCCGCCUCCCGGCUGCCCGCGUCCGCGCCGCUCUUCAUGCUGGACCUGUACCACGCCAUGGCCAGCGACGACGACGAGGACGGCGCGCCCCCGGAGCGGCGCCUGGGCCGUGCCGACCUGAUCAUGAGCUUCGUCAACAUGGUGGAGCGAGACCGUGCCCUGGGCCACCAGGAGCCCCACUGGAAGGAGUUCCACUUUGACCUGACCCAGAUCCCGGCUGGGGAGGCGGUAACAGCCGCGGAGUUCCGGAUUUACAAGGUGCCCAGCACCCACCUGCUCAACAGCACCCUCCAUGUCAGCAUGUUCCAGGUGGUCCAGGAGCAGUUCAACAGGGAAUCUGACUUGUUCUUUUUGGAUCUUCAGACGCUUGGAGCUGGGGAUGAGGGCUGGCUGGCGCUGGACAUCACAGCAGCCAGUGACCACUGGUUGCUGAAGCGUCACAAGGACCUGGGACUCCGCCUCUAUGUGGAGACUGAGGAUGGGCACAGCGUGGAUCCUGGCCUGGCCGGCCUGCUGGGCCAACGGGCCCCCCGCUCCCAACAGCCUUUCGUGGUCACUUUCUUCAGGGCCAGUCAGAAUCCCGUCCGCAUCCCUCGAGCAGUGAGGCCACUGAGGAGGAGGCAGCCGAAGAAAACCAACGAGCUGCCGCAGGACAGCCGGCUCCCAGGCAUCUUUGAUGAUGUCCACGGCUCCCACGGCCGGCAGGUCUGCCGUCGGCACGAGCUCUACGUCAGCUUCCAGGACCUCGGCUGGCUGGACUGGAUCAUCGCCCCGCAAGGCUACUCAGCCUAUUACUGUGAGGGGGAGUGCUCCUUUCCGCUGGGCUCCUGCAUGAACGCCACCAACCACGCUAUCCUGCAGUCCCUGGUACACCUGAUGAAGCCAGACGCAGUCCCCAAGGCGUGCUGUGCGCCCACCAAGCUGAGUGCCACCUCCGUGCUCUACUAUGACAGCAGCAACAACGUCAUCCUGCGCAAGAAGCGCAACAUGGUGGUCAAGGCCUGUGGCUGCCACUAAGCCCAGCCCACCCACCCUGCUGGAGCCGCCCUUCUCAUCAGAUCUGGCCCCUUGGAAGCAGGAAACCCUUCAAUGCUGUCACAGCUCAAGCAGGAGUGUCAGGGGCCCUCACUUUCCAUGCCUACUUUCUGUCAGGCUUCUGGUCCUUGCGAGGUCCCUCUGUGCCUCUCCCCUGGGGUUUGUGGCUGUCACCCUGCCUGACACUUUGGUGGCCUAAGGGUACACAGCAGUCUUGGAGCCUGUGCUGACUUCACUGUCUGGAGUCAGCACAGAAGUCCUAUCUUAGGACCUGUUAGACUGUGGCCAGCCCUGGAUGGUCUGAGGUUGGCUGACGCGAGCUUUGCACCAUCAUCUACACAGGGUUUUGGGGUGGGCAGAAGGGCUCUACCCCUUCCCAGGGACAACACUUGGGCAUUUCUGGGCAUAAUUGGGCAUGCACAUGUUCUCAGUACAGUGUGUUCUUGGAUUUUUCUAAUUUGGUCCAGGCCACAGUUAGCAUAUUAGAAAAAGAAUAAGCUAGAGGUGCUCAUGAAGCCACCACCGUGGAUUUUUUUUUUU